AUGGCCCCGGUACCAUGCGCCGUCUGCAAGACGGACAGGGCUCUCAUCAAGCGGCCAAAGAACCACAUGAAGCUUUGCAAGAAGUGUUUCAUACAGGUAUUUGAGGACGAGGUUCAUCACACCAUCACAUCUUCAAAUCUGUUUUACCCCGGAGAGAGGGUAGCUAUCGGCGCGUCGGGUGGCAAGGACUCGACCGUGCUGGCUUCGGUUCUGAAGACGUUGAACGAACGUCACAAUUAUGGCCUGGACCUGGUGUUGCUCAGCGUGGACGAGGGUAUCAAAGGCUACCGAGAUGAUUCCCUUGAAACGGUCAAGCGGAACUCGGAGCAGUAUGAGAUGCCUCUCAAGAUAGUGGGCUACGGCGAACUCUACGGCUGGACGAUGGACCAGGUGGUCGAGACGAUUGGGAAGAAGGGCAACUGCACCUACUGCGGAGUGUUUCGCCGGCAGGCGUUGGAUCGCGGUGCAAAGAUGCUAGAGAUUAGGCAUGUCGUCACCGGCCACAACGCCGACGAUGUCGCCGAGACCGUGCUCAUGAACCUGCUCAGAGGCGACUUGCCAAGGCUGUCACGGGCGACACACAUCGUCACCGGCGACUCAAACUCGGAUGUCAAGCGGAGCAAGCCACUCAAGUACUCAUACGAGAAGGAGAUCGUGUUGUACGCACAUCACAAGAAGUUGGACUACUUCACCACAGAGUGCAUCUACAGCCCCGAGGCCUUCAGGGGAAGUGCACGGAGUCUCAUCAAGAACCUCGAGAAAGUGCGGCCGAGUGCCAUCCUGGACAUUGUACGCAGUGGUGAGGACAUGGCCCGCUUGGUGCCAGGGAGACAACCCGACAAGUGCGCCUGUGACGGAAAACCAUCCCGCGCUGCAGCGCCGGUCGAGGAGGACGAAGGUGUCGGAGGGUGCGGCUCUGGCAAUGGUCGCAGUACAGGGAAUGAGAUGGCCGCAAUGGAAGCUCAACUAAGGGGCAACGAAACGUCGACGGGGCUUGAGACCGACGUAACAGCUGCCGUGCCUCUGAAGGCCCGGUCGAACGGGUCCAAAGAACUGCCAAUACGGACUGCCAACUCCACAAAUAAGCCAGGGGUGUCAAGGCAGGUGCUGGGAAGGUGUGAGAAAUGCGGUUACAUGUCGAGCCAGGCGAUAUGUCAGGCUUGCAUGCUGUUGGAUGGUCUGAACAAGAACAGAGCACAGAUUCAGUUAUAG